UUCUUUUUUCUUUUUUCUUUUUUUCACUCCAUUUGAUACUGAGUCUCGUCGCUGCGGCGAACCAGACAUGCUACGUUCAAGCGAUGCAUCCAAUGACAACAUCGACUUUGACUUUGAUCUGAUUCCAGACUCCAUGCGACUCGAUGCUUAUGAGGAACAGCGCUCCGUUCCCAUCCCGACCAUCGCGGACAACCGCCGAGCCACCAUCCCUUUGACCUUUGCUCCACUCCAGUGCCCGGUCUGCCUCUGCUUGAUCCAGAAUGCCCACGGCAACAUUGAAUGUCUCCAUCGCUUUUGUGAAGAGUGCAUCACAUCUGCUGUGCGCAUGGGCCCAAAGCAGUGCCCGUCGUGCCGCGGUUCAUUGCCAACUCGGCGGUCGUUGCGUCACGACAGCAAUCUUGAUCAGUUGGUUGCCGCCAUGUAUGGUGAUCACGAGCAAUUCGAAAAGCAGCAAAACGAGUACUCGGCAGAGCAAAUUCGUCGGAAGCAAGCGCAAACGCUCGUCCUCAAGCUUCCACGGCGUGAGAAGCGUGUCGCGCGAGGCGAUCGUCAGUCGUCGGCGGCGUCAUCGGCGUCGUCGCCACGUCAAUGCCCGACCCCUACACCGACGGCUCAACAGAUACCUCGGUCUGUUCCGAGGCCUUUGUCAUUACCGUCGAGUCACCAGCCAUCUGCGGGUGUAGCCGGUAGUCGUGCACAGACCAAGAGCGCAGCUGGUUCCGAAGAUGGAUCGUCGCCCUCAGGUCCCCUGCCGUCACCGAAGGGAAAUGAUAGCCGUGCACCCAGCCAGAGUGUAGGUGGCUUGGCAUACAGACAGUUUGCGUUUCGCUUGUUGCCAGAUCCAAAUGCACUUCCUGGAAGCUUGCCGAUUCUUGCCAUGGACUCGGUGACUACGCCCGGCACGUGCCAGGUGAAUCACAUCCUCGCCUGGCUUGAUCUUAUUGCACGAACCAACGGAGAACUCGACAUGCCGCUUCAACUCGAGCUCCCUGAAGGCUUUUCGAAAACGUCGACAGUUGCUGAAAUAUUCGCUGCCUCUCGCCACCCUCCAUCCGAGCUGCUCGCGCUUUACUACACUCGCAAGGGUGGCUGACUGCUCACAUUGCCACCCCUAACCUCACUUUACACGUUGUACUCAGCCCGAAGCUCUCAGCUCCUCUAAUCCAUCCCAACAAAAUUCCGUCGAGUUUGCACCUCGCCGCCGUGCGGUCUAAAUCAUCAUGUUAACGCGAUAUUUCUGAAUUUGGAUAAUUAUUUGUAUAAUAGAAACUUGUGCGUCC